UGAAAGACACAAUUCAACUCCAUUCAGCAAAAGAAUAAAAGACGGCAUGAGCAGCCAUGGCAGCUCCAUUUUUCUGCAUCAAUUAAGCUUGACUGGCUCGAUUUGAGAAGAACCCGAUGAAUGUACUAGUAAUGUCUGAAACUAGAUUAGGAAGUCCUCACUUUGACAUAAAGGCUAUUAAACAUAAUAUAGUAUUUUAGUGGAUCUCUAAACAUUGGAAUAACUAGGGAAUUUUAGUAAAGUAAUCAUGCUGCCCUUAGUGGUGGACACUUUCCAGGGACGCGCAGAGAGUUCCUCAGGGGCUCAAAUUACAAUUUAGCCUAGUUACUAUAGUGUAUAGCCUAAUUACUAUUGUUGCAUUAUUAACAUAAAAGUUGUCCUUUCAUGUCCUGAUCUCGCUUGUUCUUUCUUGCCCCAACACUUCACAUAGGCCUGUAGGUGGCACUUGGGCUUCAUUUACAGGGUUUUUUUUCAACCGCUUACACACAAAAUCUUUCUGAAUUUCUGAAACCUGACACCAGAACCGUUUCUAGGCAUAGGCAAGCCACGAGCUGGAGGGCCGCCAAUGAGCGCACGUACUGCCACUCUAUGCUGCCACUACAUUUUAACAAGGAUGCCACGGACUCCCUGAAAUAUGAUUGCCGCCCCCACUGGAUCCCCCCAACACCAUGGGCUUGAGUACUGUCAUUCUGGCGAUGCCUGUGUUGCCUCUGAUUGUUGAAUGCAAAGUUUGCAUUUGUAUUUGGAGCGCUCAACAAUGCCAUUAGAUCAAUGGGUUCUGUCAGUGUUUUGGCAAGAGGUGAGGUGGCAGAGGGAGGAAGAGAGCAUAAGAUGUUUUUUAGUGCUGAAGAACUACACAUUGAGUCUCAUUUUGUUGGUCAGCCUCACUGUCCUGCAGGAUCUUACCUGGACUCUUUCCAUCAGUCUCUUCUUUUCAUUCACCUGUUCAAUCAUUGCUACUAUGCUGUCUGUCUGGCUUGUCUUGGUUUCCUGCAUGGAUUUUCUCCUGUACUCUUCUGCAGAGGAGGGUCUGGAGUAUCCCAGUUUUGAUGGCAAGGACAGAGUUCUUAAUGUCAAUGAGAGGAACUAUAAGAAAGCAUUAAAGAAGUAUGACAUGAUGUGUUUGCUAUAUCACGAACCCUUGCCUUCAGAUAAGGAGCUCCAGCAGCAGUUCCACAUGAGGGAGAUGGUUUUGGAGCUUGCUGCUCAAGUUCUCGAAGACAAGGAUAUUGGUUUUGGAUUGGUAGACUCACAUAAAGAUGCUAAGGUUGCCAAAAAGCUUGGUCUGGAGGAGGAAGGAAGCAUCUAUGUGUUUAAGGAUGAAAGAGUGAUCGAGUUUGAUGGAGAGCUCUCUGCAGAUACACUGGUUGAAUUCCUGCUAGAUCUGCUGGAGGACGCAGUGGAGUUGAUCAGUAAUCCCAUGGAACAACGUGCCUUUGAGCGAAUGGAUGAAGACAUACGCCUUAUCGGAUACUUUAAGGGUGAAGACUCUGAACAUUAUAAGGCCUUUCAGGUGACUGCAGAGAAGUUCCAACCAUAUGUGAAGUUUUUUGCCACCUUUGACAAAGGGGUGGCUAAACAACUGACACUAAAAAUGAAUGAAAUCGAUUUCUAUGAGCCCUUCAUGGAUGAGCCUGUCACCAUUCCUGGCAAACCCAACACAGAGGAGGAGAUAGUAGAUUUUGUCAAUCAACACAGAAGGCCUACUCUGAGAAAGCUUCGUGCUGAGGACAUGUUUGAGACUUGGGAAGAUGACAUGGAUGGAAUCCACAUCGUUGCCUUUGCUGAGGAGGAGGAUCCAGAUGGUUAUGAAUUCCUGGAAAUUCUAAAGGAGGUUGCAAGGGACAAUACUAAAAACCCAGAUCUCAGCAUAGUUUGGAUUGAUCCUGAUGAAUUUCCUUUGUUAACUACAUACUGGGAAAAAACCUUUAAGGUGGACCUUUUCAGACCCCAGAUUGGUGUGGUGAAUGUGACUGAUGCUGACAGUGUGUGGUUGAACAUGCCUAAUGAUGAAGCUUUACCGUCAGCGGAGGAGCUGGAGGACUGGAUAGAGGAUGUUCUCUCUGGAAAGGUCAACACUGAGGAUGAUGACGAUGAUGACGACGAUGACGAUGAUGAUGAUGAUGACGAUGACGACGAUGAUGAUGAUAGUAGCGAUGAAGACCAUUAUGGUGAUGAUGAUGAUGAUUAAGUGGUAUAUAGAAUAACUAUAACCACAGAGUUCUGUAAUAAUCUUUCCGCAGAUUGUAUUGGUUCUGUUUAUUUUAAUGACUGAUGGUUUAUUAAUUACAGAGUUGACUUGAUUUAUUAUAGAACUGUCUGCAUUGCCAGCAAGAGACAUUUGAUAAUGCAAAACGUAAAAACAUAUAAUGACAUUAUAAUUCUGGUGCUGCUUAUCCAUCUGGAACUGUAAUAUGGCUACAAGAAAUAGGGUGUUCUGUAGUAUUACUUGUGAAUUUCAUGGGACGUUUGAGAUGUAUCAACAUGUUCAAUAAAGAACAGAAAAUAUUA